AUGGAUUCGAAGCAGUUCAAGGAAGCUGCUACAUCGGCGAUUGAUGAGAUUGUCAAUUACUAUGAUACCAUUCAAGAUCGACGAGUGGUAUCCAACGUCGAGCCAGGAUAUCUCAAAAAGCUCCUUCCUGACGGACCGCCAGAAAAUGGAGAGCCAUGGGCAGAUAUACAGAGGGACAUUGAGACGAAGAUCAUGCCUGGUUUGACCCACUGGCAAUCCCCGAACUUUCUGGCAUUCUUCCCAGCUUCUUCUUCGUUUCCUGGCAUGUUGGGAGAGCUAUACUCUGCCGCAUUCACUGCCCCGGCGUUCAAUUGGAUAUGCUCUCCUGCUGUAACAGAACUCGAGACUGUUGUCUUGGACUGGCUUGCGAAACUCCUCAAUCUGCCGGAUUGCUACUUAUCGAGCAGUCAUGGUGGAGGUGUAAUCCAAGGUUCGGCGUCAGAAGCUAUUGUCACUACUAUGGUAGCUGCGCGUGACAAGUAUCUUCGUGAGACAACUUCCCACUUAUCCGGCACUGAGCUCGAAGAUGCUGUUGCACAUAAGCGAAGUAAGAUGGUUGCAUUAGGGAGCGACCAGGCGCAUAGCUCUACACAAAAGGCAGCACAGAUCGCAGGUGUUCGAUAUCGAUCCGUCCCUGCUGCCAAAAGUAAUGAGUUUGCGAUGACAGGUUCUGACCUGGAGGAGGUGCUGAAGCAAUGCAAGGCGCAAGGUCUAGAGCCAUUUUACCUCACCACCACCUUAGGAACAACUUCAACAUGCGCCGUGGAUGAUUUCGACUCUAUUGCGAACACCCUCGCCGAUUACGCGCCUCCAGAUGUCUCGGGAGAGAUUUGGGUUCAUGUUGAUGCUGCCUACGCUGGAGCUGCCCUCGUCUGUCCCGAAUACCACCACCUUACCGCAGCCUUUAAACACUUCCAUUCUUUCGAUAUGAAUAUGCACAAAUGGCUGCUCACAAACUUCGAUGCAUCAUGUUUGUACGUCAAAAAGAGAAAGGACUUGAUUGAUGCGCUCUCAAUCAUGCCCAGCUAUCUUCGAAAUGAAUUUUCAGAAAGUGGUCUGGUCACAGAUUACCGUGACUGGCAGAUUCCGCUAGGUAGACGGUUCCGAAGUCUCAAGAUUUGGUUCGUUUUGAGGACAUAUGGCGUUAAUGGUUUGCGAGCUCACAUUCGGAAUCAUAUUGAGCUUGGCGAGGGCUUUGCAAAUCUGAUCAAGUCGAACCCAGAUUUGUUUAAGAUGUUCACUCUGCCGUCUUUCGCUUUGACCGUCUUUACAGUCCUCUCUGAUUCCAAAGAUCAGAAGGAAAGAAAUGAAGUUACAAAAGAAGUUUAUGAGUUGGUCAAUAGUCGGGGACAGAUUUACAUCACUUCGAGUCUUGUGGCUGGUGUUUACGUCAUUAGGGUCGUGAGUGCGAAUCCAAAAGCGGAAGAGAAAUAUCUCAAGAAAGCUUUCGAGAUAUUGGUUGCCACGACAGAAGAGGUUCGUGCUGGUAGGAUAAAAAAGAUCGAGAAUGACGUGGUAACGAUGGAUAUCAAAGGUGUUGGAGAAGCUGCUAUUACUAACAGUAAUGGCCGGCCAAGCUAA